AUGGCGUCUUUCAAGUUUUGUCGCAACUGCAACAAUUUGCUCUAUCCCAAGGAGAACCGGGACAUUGAGGACAUCACAGCGAGACGAUUGUUGUACUCGUGUAGAAACUGCGAUUACACUGAGUUGAGUGACAACCCCAAGAUCUAUCGUAAUGAGUUGAUAACACAUAUUGGAGAGACAGCAGGGGUGGUGCAGGACAUAGGAAACGAUCCUACGUUGCCUCGAUCGAACAAAGAGUGCCCCAACUGUCUUAACCAUGAGUGUGUGUUUUUCCAGUCGCAGCAACGAAGGAAGGAUACGAGUAUGAUUUUGUUUUAUGUGUGUUUAUCGUGCAACAGUUUAUUCAGG